AUGAUUAUUGAUACAAUUAAUGAUAGAUACUUUGCAUUUUAAUAAAAGCAUACCUUAUGGAGAUACUGUUACACUUCUUUUAUAGCUCAUUCUAUAUCUAGAACUAUAUUUGCACCUUUAGAAAGGGUAAAAAUAUUAAUGUAAUCAUAAAACAGUAUUAUUAAUGAUUAAUUAAGAUAUUAAUCUACAUCAGAAGCAUUUUAGAGAAUUUAUAAAGAAUAGGGUUUAGCUUCUUUUUGGAGAGGAAACUUAACAAAUAUCUAUAGAGUAAUUCCUUAAAAUUUUUUAAAAUUCGCAGCAUACAACCAUUUUAAAGAUGUUUUUUUAUCUUAAAAAGAUAAAUAAUACUAUGGAUAUGAUUUAUUAUUGAGGAAUUUAUUACUGGGUGUUUGCUCUGUAUUUUUUAUUUAAUUAGCUAUAUAUCCUUUUGAAACAGUAAGGAUGAGAUAAAUCUGUGAUUAAAAAAAAUAUUUUUACCCUAAUUAAUUUAAUGGAUUUUCUCAAUGUUUAUAUAAAAUAUUUAAAAAGGGAGGAAUAUAAUAACUUUAUAAAGGAUUUUUUAUAACAAAUAUAUGUAUUAUGCCUUACCUUGUAAUUGCUUACACUUUACAAGACUUAAUUAAAUCUCAAUAUCCAACUAAUACUUAAAAAUUUGAAGUUAACACUUUUAUUUAUUAUUUUGGAGUAGCAGGAGUUUCCGCACUUAUUUCUUCUUUAAUUACGUAUCCUUUUGAUACAAUUAAGAGAAGAAAUAUGAUGAGUGGAAUUGCAGGAUUUGAAAAAUAAUAUAAAGGUCUUUUUAAUUGUAUAAAUAUAAUUUAUUAAAGGGAGGGUAUGAAAGGAUUUUACGGAGGUUUUACAGCUAAUUUAUUUAAAAUUGUUCCUUGUCUAUAUCUUCAAUUUUCAAUCUAUGAUAACAGUAGAAUAUUAUGUUUUGAAUGA